AUGGCUUUAAGAGACAGUAGAUUGCAGAAACUUGGCCUGAUCAGGCCGAAGUGUCCAAUAGGUGAUGGACAGUUCACGGGAUCUGAUGAUGAGGAUGCUGACAGUUCCGUGUCUGAUGAUGCUGACGUUCUCAGCAGAGAGUUGGAGGUCAUGUUGGGAGAGCUGAAAGCAGAUGCAGGAAGUUCUUGUCCUGGGGGUGGGAUAGAACAAGCGACCAGGUUCAGAGGACUACUCAUGGCCAUGGACUUGCGGUGGAAGGACAGGGUGCAGGAUCAGCAGACCCCGGCCAGGGCCAUGACCAACAAUGUGGACAAGUUGAUUGACUCACUCAACAUACGGUCAGAGUUUUUGGUCCAGCAGGCCACCAGUGGCGUGGACUCGAAUCUGGCCUCGAACUGGCCUCAGUGCGACAUUCCUCCGGGCCAGCUAACUGCAGUGGAUUUUUUACCUCCGAAUGAAGACAAGGCUGCGAUUUCGGAAUCCAAAGAGGAGAAGGGCAGAACCGUGUUCAAGCAUAAGAUUAAGAUGACGGAAGAAGCGCAAGAGGAUGGAAGUGUGUCCAAAUCGUACAGCAUCUCAGCCAAGGCGAGGAUUUCUGUGACUGACAUUUUCCCGAAAGAUCAGAAGCCAGUUUGAUUAUUUUUCCCCUUGAGAAUUCUCUAGUUCAACGCUUAUUAUCUUUUGAUUUCAACACUGUGGACGUUUUUAGCCCUUCGGAUUCAGAAGUUUUUAUUAUUGAAAGAAAAGUGUUUUUUCCAAAGACAUUUUUAAUGUCCCUCGCAGUUCUUCUGUAAAACUCGGUGGGGAAUGAUCUGAAUUUGUCUUCUUCUCUUACAAGGAAUCCUGAGACGUUUAGCAUGAAAAUUCAAUGGCUGAUUCAAUUUCGAACAACGAAUGACUUUAUUUUAUAAUUUUCACAAUGGAAACAAACUUGACUUCGCUAGAAAGUAAUGCGAAUCGAGCUUUUCAUCGACUGGGUUGCACAGGAAAUUCAGCAAUGGCUGCAUUCCGUGGAGUUGGCAUUCGUCCUUCACGUGCACUUCAUCUUUCAUAAUACUUCCGAGUCCUUCUGCGUGCUUCAUUUGGUCAAAGAACAUCCUCCAACUGGACCAAACGAUCACAUUGUCCCGGUACUUCGAAAUCACAUCGAGACUUUGCUGAAUGUA